AUGGCUGCCGCGCUCAACCCCAAGUCUCCUGCCUCGCUCGGCGCAGCCUCCGGCAGACGCGGCGACAAGGCAUCAGGCUCGGGGUCCCCUGACUCUCCCGGCGAAGGCGACCCAUCCUCGCAGAGCAGAAAGCUCACAGACGUCGCAUGCUGGCCGUGUCGCAGGCGGAAGGGCAAGUGUACUGGCGAGCGGCCAACAUGUCAGUCUUGCGCGCGACGAGGGCAUGAGUGCUCUUACGAGUACGACGAAGGCCUAACACGAGUCGGCUCCCUUCGCAUGAGACUGACAGAAGCAUCGACACGAGCCGACAACCUCGAGUACCUGUUCGAGCAGAUGAGGACGCGGCCAGACAACGACGCCGCCAUGCUGCUGGCCAUCAUUCGCUUGGGCGCUGACCUGGAAGCGAUUGUCGCGCGACUCCGGUCAGAGGACGAUCUCAGCUGGGUAACCGCCAUCGAUCCUCACGCGGGCGACUUCUCUGGUCUCAAACCGACAUGA